AUGGCCAACCCGGUCAUGUUUUUUAACAUCGCUGCCAGAGAAUUUCCGUGCUUUGAGUGCUGGGGAGAAAGGUUUUGGUUACAAGGGGUCCUGCUUCCACAGAAUCAUUCCUUGGUUCAUGUGCCGGGGGGUGAAUUUACUUGUCAUAAUGGAACAGGUGGUAAAUCAGGUGGUACAGUGAGAAGUCUGCUGGUGAGAACUUCGUCCUCCAGCACACCAGUGCUGGCAUCUUGUCUAUGGCAAAUACUGGUCCCAAUACAAAUGGGUCUCAGUUCUUCAUCUGCACUGCUUGGUUGGCCAAGUCAAAGAAGGAAUGAAUAUUGUGGGAGCAAUGGAGUGCUUUGGGUCAAGGAAUGGCAAGACAAGCAAGAAGAUCACCAUCUCUGA